CUAUAUAUUGCCAUAUCCUCCCCAACUUUUCUCAUAGUUCCUCGUUUUGAUCGCUUUAUCACACGCUUUGUGACUUCCCAACUGUUUUUGUUGACUGAGUUGCAGGAUGAAGACUAAAGGGGCGUAUCUGCUCUUAGUGCUUUUGAUUGAGUUGGGCCUAUUGGCUUUUGCUUUGGCUGCUGCUCCUCAGACGUGUCCUGCCAAUUUGGAGGGAGGAUGUUCUGCUGCUUCUGAUGAUGAUUGGACAGGGGAGUUCUUUCCUGGAAUUCCCAAAAUUAAGUAUGAGGGCCCUAACAGCAAGAACCCACUUUCAUUCAAAUGGUACAAUGCUGAGGAAGUAAUUCUUGGGAAGAAAAUGAAGGAUUGGAUGAGAUUCAGCGUUGCAUUUUGGCAUACAUUUCGGGGAACUGGAUCUGACCCAUUUGGUGCACCAACAAAGAUGUGGCCUUGGGAAGAUGGAACAAACUCCUUGGCUAUGGCAAAAAGGAGAAUGCGGGCCAAUUUCGAGUUCAUUAAAAAGCUUGGACUUAAUAGGUGGUGUUUUCAUGACCGGGAUAUUGCUCCUGAUGGUAAAACUCUAGCGGAAUCUAACGCAAAUUUGGAUGAAGUGGUGGCUCUUGCAAAAGAACUUCAGCAGGGAACAGAAAUUCGCCCUUUAUGGGGUACUGCUCAACUAUUUAUGCAUCCUCGCUACAUGCAUGGAGCUGCCACCAGCUCUGAGGUUGCUGUAUAUGCAUAUGCUGCAGCUCAAGUUAAGAAAGCCAUGGAGGUUACACAAUAUCUUGGAGGGGAGAAUUUCGUGUUUUGGGGUGGCAGAGAGGGUUACCAGUCUUUGCUGAACACAGACAUGGAAAAAGAACUUGAUCAUUUGGCAACUUUUUUUCAAGCAGCUGUUGACUAUAAGAAGAAGAUUGGUUUUAAUGGUACAUUGUUGAUUGAACCUAAACCUCAAGAGCCUACAAAGCACCAAUAUGACUGGGAUGCAGCAACAACAAUGUCGUUCCUGCUAAAGUAUGGUCUUAAAGACGAAUUAAAACUAAACAUAGAGUGCAACCAUGCCACCCUAUCUGGUCACAGUUGUCACCAUGAGCUUGAAACUGCAAGAAUAAAUGGUCUGCUCGGAAACAUUGAUGCCAACACUGGUGAUCCUCAGACCGGUUGGGAUACAGACCAGUUCAUGACUGACAUAAGUGAGGCAACCUUAGUCAUGCUAAGUGUUGUCAGAAAUGGAGGACUCGCGCCCGGUGGGUUCAACUUCGAUGCCAAACUACGAAGGGAGAGCACUGAUGUGGAAGACUUAUUCCUCGCUCACAUUUCCGGGAUGGACACAAUGGCUCGUGGACUUCGCAACGUUGCGAAACUAGUCGAGGAUGGUUCUUUGGCUGAGUUGGUUCGGAAUCGGUACAAAAGCUUUGACUCUGAGUUAGGUGCUCUCAUUGAGGCCGGGAAAGCCGAUUUUGAGACACUGGAAAAGAAGGCCAUGGAAAUGGGAGAACCAACUAUUGCCUCCGGAAAGCAGGAACUUGCUGAGAUGAUAUUCCAGUCUGCUCUGUAGAUUUAGUGGUAGUGUUUACAUUUUCAAAGAGUUUUUAAGGAGUUUAUGUAUAGAUUUUUGUUUAGAGAAAAAAAAAACCACAUCAUGUGGAUGUGUGAACAUAUAUAGCAUGGGUUAUUAAAUAGUUUAAAUAAAUUUUACUUCAGAGAA